UGUGACUGCAGCCGCCGCCGCUAGAUGGUGCACGCUCCGCCACAGCCGACUUUCUCAGCCGUCAGUAGCCAUAGAGACCUUACCACUGUGGGCUGCACGGCCUGUCACGCCCGCACGAGCCCACACAUGUCCUUCUUAAUGCGGGCGCGGUAAGAUGGCAUCGGCUACGCUCAACUCCGGGCUCCUGGAGGCUCUGGUGUCGCGCGGGACGACGCCUCAGGCCGUGGGAGAGGCUGACCCGCAGCCCGGGUCUCCCGGCAGCGCGGGGGGCGACCCCACGUCCGCGCACCACGCCUACCUCCACGCUCACUUCCAGGGCGUCGCGAGCCACUACGAGGAAGGCAGCGACCUUCAUGACGUGUCCACCUCCGGGGGCGACGCCACCACCGAGGACGACGAGACCAGUCUGAACGACCAGCUGUCGCAUUACUACCAGCGGGGCGGCGACGACAGCCACCUGUCGGCGUCGGCGAAGAAGCGGCGCAAGCAGAGCAACCCGGUCCGGCUGCCGACGCCCCAGGGCGACCUGCAGGACCCGCCGCAGCCUAAGCCCGAGGAGGCGCAGUUCGACUCGGAAAUGUCCAACCCUUCCGGCGAUGGCGAGGAGGGCAUCGCGUGUCCUCACUGCCACGUGGAAGCCCCGUCUGAGGAUUCGCUGCGACGCCACAUCAUUGAAGAGCACAUCGGGCGCCUCCUCACCGACGACGAGGCGCGGCUCCGGCAGCAGCGGGAGGAGGCCGAGCCGGGAGAGAACAGGAAACCCGAGAGUGAGCCCGGCCCCCUGAACCUGUCGAGCCCCCGCUGGGACGGCCGGCCCCCCUCCAGGCCCCACGACGAGGACGGCCGCAGCCCCCCGACCUCCAUCCCGAUGCCCCCCUCGUUCGGCGACGGAAAGCUGGGCAUGCCUGGGCUGCUGCCCCUCGGCCCCCCGCCCUUCCUGUUCCCGUUCCUGCAGCAGCAGGCGGAGCGAGAGAGAAUGGCGGGGCUGCCUCACUCUCAGCAAGCGCUUUCUCCUUCAUCAUCAUCAUCAUCGAUGGCAAAUGGUCAACAGCAACAACGCAUCUUCAAUCAGCAAGCUUAUUGUGACCUUUGCCACAAAGAGUUUUGCAACAAGUACUUCCUCAAGACACACAAGGCUAACAAGCACGGCAUUUACUCCCCUGAAACGAGCAGUUCCCCGACGGGAAUUCCCUCGAGCCACUCGACCCCGUUAGGGCCAAGCGUGUCCAUGGCCUCCUCGAUGACCUCGCCCCUGGGUCCGAGCCUGGCCAGCGGGGGCUUUGGCGGCUCGCCGUAUGCCGGGGCCUUCAUCACCACCAACAUGAAUGCUCUCCCCCUGCGGCCGCUGCUGCCCUCACAACUUAGUGUAAAUAAACCCACUAGUAAGGACUCUAGCACAAGUAAUAAGACUGGAGGCGUUAUUAACCUCGAGGCUUACUGUGAGUUGUGCCAAAAGGAAUUCUGCAACAAAUAUUUCCUCAAGCGCCACAAGGCAAAGAUCCAUGGAAUCAACAUUGAAGUUGUCACCAAGCCCAAGAAUGCAGGUCAGCUGCCUCCUCGCGUCGCCCCAGACCGGCCCGAGGGCUGGUGCGAUGCCUGUCGGAGGGACAUCGGCAGUCGCGCUGCUCUCAAUGCUCACAAGUUACAGGCUCAUGGACCUCACAUCGUCGCCCCCCUGCCGUCUCCUCACACCACUUCCCCUCAUACCGUUAGAAACCCCAGAACACCCACUCCUAAGGAAGGCCGCAGAGAUGGCCCAGAUCAUAGGGAAUAUUUCAGUCCAUGGGAAUCUUACAAAGAUGCUCGCACGCCAGUUAAAGUAGAACAAUCAAGGGAUGCAAGAGAGUCUCCAAAGGACAUUCCUGGCCGCAGCCCUUGGGACAGACCUCUUGGGUCGCCCUGGGAUGCAGUGAGGGAUACCCCGAGGAGCGAGAGGCCGAUGGAGUCCCCUAAAGACAGCAGGCGAGAACACAUAGAUGGAAUGAAGAAGGAGGACUCGUGGAAUGAACAGAGACUCCGAAAUGAGGAUCAGUACCACCAACAUGCUGAACGCAGCGGCUACCACGACCGAUUAUCCGAGUCUAGUGACUUCCCCCUCGAUGCCCGGGACAUGCAGGCGAUGAGGGAGCAGCAGCACCGCGAAUGGGAAAUGCAGCAGCGAGACCUUGAGAGCCACGAACGAGACCAGCAACAGAGGGAACGUGAACACCAGCAGAGAGAACGUGAGCACCAGAUGAGGGAACGUGAGCACCAGCAUCGGGAAAUGCAAAUGCGCGAACGUGAACGCGAACGGGAACGAGAACACGAGAGAGAUCUUGAGCAAUGUGAGAGAGACAGAGAAGAACACAAGUGGGAGCAAGAUCGAAGCCGUGAACAUGAGCGAGAAUCAUACAAGAACCUUGAACUCGAACGUGAACGAUAUGAACAUGAAAAACGUGAACAGUUGUUAAAGGAAAGAGACCACGAGAUGAGAGGAGAUGGAGAGUUAGCAAUCAAACAAGAACCAAUGUACCAAGAGGGAGAAUCUCAGAAGAGCGACCAGCAAGCAAGCAAAGAGUCCCAAGGUCACGAAAAGGGAGAACGGAAUGGCUUGCAUCACCAAGGCAACAGUGAAGACCAGGAACAGAGGAACAGCAGUUCAAAGGAAUCGGGCAAUCCAGAAGGCUCAGAAAGCCAGAAUGGAGGAUCCGAAAGCCGAAAUGGAAGGCCAGAGAAUCGGGAGCCGGGCCAUGAAUCCCGAGAAGGAGGGGACGUCCGGGAGUCCGUUCGGGAGCCCUCGCGUGAAGCUCCUCGGACUCCGGGAAGCAGUGCAGACGAGAGUUCCCGCGAUACAGGCAUCAUUGCACGUGUGGGUCAACCAGCGAUGGUACAAGCGCCACCUGGGACAAAAUUCACUCCAGAGCAACUUCGUCAACUUGGAGUUAUUAACCCUGAUGCCUUCUGUGAGCUGUGCUGUAAGGAAUUCUGCAACAAAUAUUUCUUACGGACGCAUCGCAUCAAAAAGCACGGGAUAUACACCCCCGAGUUCUCCGACAGAUCGAAGAAUCACCAGAAAGACAAUUCCCCUCUCAGUCUUGCUCGGCUUCUAGAACGACAGGCGCUUGAGUUACGGCCGACUCUACCCGACAUUGAGGGUGAUUUGGAGUGCGAUAUCUGCCGGCGUCCAUUCCCCAGCCACUAUCUCCUUCAGAUGCACAAGUACUACUUCCACGGCCCUGGCCAGGAAGCAGCACAACAGGAGCAGCUAUCUCUGCAUCCACAACCCUCCCCGCACGAACAGCUUAGACAAUUAGCACUUCAUGCCCAGCAGCAAGCCAGGCAGCAGCAACAACAACAGCAACAACAGCAGCAGCAACAGCAACAGCAACAACAGAAGAGGAUAGAAGAACAGCAGCGUCGACUACACGAGCAUCAGAUGAGGCUGCAGCAGGAGGAGGAGCAGCACGACCAAGCCCAGGCUGAACGGGAACGACAGCGGAUGUCUCAGGAGCCUCUCUCUGAGGAUGGAGGAGACAGGAGCGAGGAUAUGCCUCGGCCAUCAGUCAUUGAAUCUACAGGAUCUGGGGAGUCAGAUGCAAGUGAAGAUCUCCGAAAGCUUCAGUCCAUGAUCUUACAGCUGAACCGCCAGGGGGAAAUGGGUCUUCGGUGUCGCUUGUGUCAUAAGGAUGUCGGAAACAAGUAUUUCCUUCGUGCUCACAUGAUGACAGAACACGGCAUCUUGGGGCACGAGGACGCUCCCGCCACUCCUAGCGAAGGAGCCCAAACCCCAAAGACCCCUCGUGAACCGAAGUCGGCAUCUCCGCCUCCUACGGCCGAAAACCAAGCUUUUUGCACCAUUUGUAAGAAAGAUUUCUUCUCGCGUUAUAUCCUUCAGCAGCACAUGUUGAGUGCGCACGGUGUGUUCACUCCCCCAGCACCACCAACGUCUUUCAUGGAGAGGAUAAGAGCAGAGGUGGAAAGUCGAGAGGACAGGAAACCUCAGUCAACCUCCCGUUCCUAUUGUGAGAUUUGUAACAAGGAACUAUGUAAUAAAUACUUUAUGAAAACACAUAUGUUAAAGAUGCAUGGAAUUAACAUAGAAAAUGGUGUAUCGGGUGGUGUUACAUGUGAUCUUUGUAACAAAGAACUCUGUAGCAAGUACUUUUUACGUGUCCACAAGCAGAAUACGCAUGGCCUUGUAGAAGAGGGGCGUGAAGGCGAGGAAGGCAUCGAUCAAUCGGAAAUCGAAAACUGCCCUCUGUGCUCCCGACGGUUUAAGAAUCGCAAGUGGUUGAAGACUCACCUGACCAACGACCACGAGAAUGCAGGCAAGGAGAAGUGGCGCGAGAUCGAGGCCACCAUGGUUUCCCGCGACCCACCUCAGCAACAGCAAGGCCCCUCCUGUGGGCUCUGUGGCCACGUGCUGCCGGACUUGGUUGCCCUUCAGCUGCAUGUCAUCAAAGUGCAUGGUGCUCAUGACGCUGGCUCGGAGGCCUCCCGAAGUGCAGGAGACGAUGACCUUAAAUCGAGGAACUCUCUUCAGUGUACAGUCUGCCCCUUCACAGCUCCUACCCCAGCUUUACUCUAUGCCCAUUCCCGAACUCAUGCCCCUGGCAUGCCGCCCUUCCCAGGUGUGUUAGGACAAGCAGUUCCCUGCCCUCUUUGUUCACAAAUGCUGCCUAACAUUGAAGCUUACCAGCACCACCUUUUGCAACAUCAGCUCCAGGGCCUGUUGAAGCCGCUGCUGGAGCAGGAAAGCGGAAGACACGAGCAAGACUCCCCUGGGCUGCAGAAGGACGGCUCGAGGAAGGACGCUGGGGGGCCGCCCUCGUCCAUUCCCCUGAGGCGCAGGAAGCGAUGGCGAUGCUCCCAGUGCAGGAUGAAGUUCAUGAGCCGCGCGCUGUGCCUUGCUCAUGUGCACGCCAUGCACAACCCGCGGGCUCGAGGGACGUGGCUAGGGCGCUCCGCCGUGCACCGCCGUCUCUUCAAGUGUCGCAAGUGCGGUGCGGUGGCGCGGCGCCUGACGGACCUGCGGCAGCACAUCCGCGAGCAGCACCGCGCCCGCCCCGGCGUGCCCACGAGCCACGCCACGCCCACCAAGUCUCGCGCGACGGGGCGCUUCGUGAUGCAGCCCUUCCUCCUGAACAGCGACGGGCCGGAGGGCGGAGACGGCUGCGAGGCGGAACACCCGAAGCCCGAGAGCGAGCAGUUCGUGCCCUCGCUGGUGUACCUGCCGGUGGCGCGUCGCGUGCAGCGCCCUCUCACGGUCUCCUUCAGCCUCACGCCAGCAUGAGCUUUGCGCCCUGUAGGCGCGCUACAACUCAGGGUCUUGCUCUUCUUCAAAGUACAAUCACGGGCCGGGCGUGACGUGGGCGCGCCCGGCCGUGGAGCCGCCCGGGGCCGCAGACGCCCGCCGGACAGCCCGCCACAGGUGCUACACGCCCGCCGCCGGGGACGCUCGUCGCCGCGCCGGCGGGCGGGACGAUAUUACGCGGGCAGGGCCGGGCGCGGCCUGCGGCUGGCUCCGGACUCUCCUCUAUAUCACUGUACCUCAGUACCAAUCAAAACCGGGGGGCUGCUCGGACCCCGCGCAAAAUAGGUCUCCAGGUGGGGUUGCGGGCGGCCCGGUUGUGAGGGCGCGGGCGGGCGGGGAUGUUGGUUUUGGCCAGCAGAACGCUAUUAUAUCAGGGGGACGCCACCGCUUACUUGCACAGGCACAUCACACGGCCACACGACCAUGCCCAGUUGCAUGCAGGAUAUACGCUUA